ACGAUCAGCCUACCAAUUCGUGCAUCACCGUGCACGGCAAUCGAUACUUUCGCCGCAGCCUAUCGAUAUUGUGUCGUUAAACCGGUAGCUGGCGCCAGCGCGAUGAUCAGCUCCACCUGGCAAACAGCUGGCAAAUGCAAAACAAACUCAGAGCCGCAAGUUCGCUUUAUAAGGGCGAUCAUUAGGGGGCAGUUGAGUGGUUGUAACGCGUCGACGCACACAUUUCGCAGCAUUUAAAGGCCAGUCAAAACGCUUUAACCAACGCGGCACACAUUAUGGCAAUGGCAACACACCUGCUCCGCAAUGCCAGCACAUAUUGGCUGCUCAGAAACUGUCGUCGCUCGAGGCCACUCACUCUGGCGCGUUGCCUGCACUUGACGCCCUGCCUGGAGAAGAAGGUGGCCUUCAACCUGAGCGACAUCGGGGAGGGCAUCAGGGAGGUGACCGUCAAGGAGUGGUACGUGAAGGUGGGCGACACCGUCGAGCAGUUCGACAACCUGUGCGAGGUGCAGUCGGACAAGGCAUCGGUGACGAUAACCAGCCGCUACGAUGGCAAAAUCACGAAAAUCUAUCACAGCAUCGAUGAGCUGGCGCUGGUCGGCAAGCCGCUGCUCGAGUUCGAGGUGGAGGAUGCGGACGAUGAUGAGGACGGCAGCAGCAGCAGCAGCAGCGACAGCAGCGACAUGGAGCCCGCUCAACCUAACGCUGGUGUCCAGGCUGGCGCUGGGCGUCACAUAACCCCGGCCACGCCCGCCGUUCGCCGCCUGGCCAAGGAGCACAAGGUGAAUCUGUUUGAGGUGCCGCCAACGGGCAAGAAUGGACGCGUCCUCAAGGGCGAUGUGCUCGAGUAUUUGGGUCAAGUGCCGCCGGGCACAAAUGUGCCCCAUCCCAGCAAUUUGAUCAGGCAGGCGGCAGCGGCGGCUCCUCCAGCUGCAGCUGCUCCGGACGUGGCGGCGCCUGCGGAUCGCGUCGAGCCGCUCAAAGGCGUUCGCAAGGCCAUGCUCAAGUCCAUGACGGAAUCGCUGAAAAUUCCACAUUUUGCGUACAGCGAUGAGAUCGACAUGUCGAAUCUGGUUAAGUUUCGCGCCCAGCUGCAGUCGGCUGCCCAGGAGCAGGGCGUGCCCAAGCUAACCUUUAUGCCGUUCUGCAUUAAGGCGGCCAGCAUUGGCCUGGCCAAGUAUCCGAUUGUGAACAGCUCCCUGGAUCUGGUCAGCGAGUCGAUUAUCUACAAGGGUGUACACAACAUAAGCGUGGCCAUUGACACGCCGCAGGGCCUGGUCGUGCCCAACAUUAAGAACUGUCAGGCGAAGGGCAUCAUUCAGAUAGCCAAGGACCUGAAUGCUCUUGUCGAGCGCGGACGCACUGGCUCCCUGACCCCAGCGGACUUUGCCGAUGGCACCUUCUCCUUGUCCAACAUUGGCGUUGUGGGCGGCACCUAUACGCAUCCGUGCAUCAUGGCGCCCCAGGUGGCCAUCGGGGCCAUGGGAAGGACCAAGGCUGUGCCGCGUUUCAAUGAUAAGGACGAGGUGAUCAAGGCGCACAUCAUGAGCGUCAGCUGGUCGGCGGAUCAUCGGGUCAUCGACGGCGUCACCAUGGCCAGCUUUUCCAAUGUCUGGAAACAGCAUCUCGAGCAGCCGGCGCUCUUUUUGCUGCGCUAAGCCCGCGACCAGGGCCAGCUCCAGGGCCAG